GCGGCGGUGGCGGCGGAGUCGGUGGUCCCGGAGUGUUUCAGCGCACGCGGGGCCGAGUUCCUGGCGUCUUUCCUCUCGCUGUUGGCGGAGGAGAUGGGCCCGUGAGCGCUGCUCCCAGCCGAGCUGCCUGAGCCGCCCCCUCCCUCCCUUCCCCUCUCCCUGCCCCCGGUCGGCGGCGAGGCGGAGCGCUGCCUCCCCCUCCUCCCCCCUCGGCGCCUGUGGCCCGGCCGCGGCCGUCCCCUCCUGGUCCCCUCACACUCACACACACAGGCCGGGCAUUGAUGGUAAUGUAUGCGAGGAAACAGCAGAGACUCAGUGAUGGCUGUCACGACCGCAGGGGGGACUCGCAGCCCUACCAGGCUCUUAAGUAUUCAUCCAAGAGUCACCCCGGUGGUGGUGAUCAUCGUCAUGACAAGAUGCGAGACACCACAGAUCCUUCACCACCAAAUAAAAUGUUACGGCGCUCUGAUAGCCCUGAAAACAAAUAUGGUGACAACACAGGGCACAGUAAAGCAAAAAGUGUGCAUACUCACAGAGUUAGAGAGAGGGAUGGUGGGACCAGUUACUCUCCACAAGAAAAUUCACAUAACCACAGUGCUCUUCAUAGUUCAAAUUCACAUUCUUCUAAUCCCAGCAAUAAUCCAAGCAAAACUUCUGAUGCAGCUUAUGAUUCUGCUGAUGAUUGGUCUGAACACAUCAGCUCUUCAGGCAAAAAGUACUACUACAACUGCAGAACAGAAGUUUCACAAUGGGAAAAACCAAAAGAGUGGCUGGAAAGAGAGCAGAGACAAAAAGAAGCAAGCAAAAUGUCAGUUAACAGUUUCCCAAAAGAUAGGGAUUACAGAAGAGAGGUGAUGCAGGCGACAGCUGCCAGUGGGUUUGCCAGUGGAAUGGAAGACAAGCAUUCCAGUGACACCAGUAGUAUGCUCCCACAGAAUAUUUUAUCUCAAACAAGCAGGCACAAUGACAGAGACUACAGACUGCCAAGAGCAGAGACUCACAGUAGUUCUACUCCAGUACAGCAUCCCAUCAAACCAGUGGUUCAUCCAACUGCUACCCCAAGCACUGUUCCUCCUAGUCCAUUUUCUCUACAAUCUGAUCACCAGCCAAAGAAAUCCUUUGAUGCUAAUGGAGCAUCUACUUUAUCAAAACUGCCUACAUCCACACCUUCCAUCCCUGCACAGAAAACAGAGAGAAAAGAGUCUGCAUCGGUGGACAAGUCUGUAUCCCAUUCUUGCACAACUCCUUCUACAUCAUCUGCUUCUGGACUGAAUCCAACUUCUGCGCCUGCUUCAUCCGCUCCUACAGUUCCCGUCUCACCUGUCCCACAGUCACCAAUUCCUCCAUUACUUCAGGACCCAAAUCUCCUUCGCCAGCUGCUGCCUGCUCUGCAAGCCACCUUGCAGCUUAAUAAUUCUAGCGUAGAUAUAUCCAAAAUCAAUGAAGUUCUAACAGCAGCUGUGACACAAGCCUCUCUGCAGUCUAUACUCCAUAAAAUUCUUACUGCUGGACCAUCUGCUUUCAAUAUCACUUCCCUAAUUUCUCAAGCUGCACAACUGUCUACGCAAGCUCAGCCAUCUAAUCAGUCUCCAAUGUCUUUAACAUCUGAUGCCUCAUCGCCCAGAUCGUAUGUGUCCCCGAGGAUCAGCACACCUCAGACUAACACCGUUCCGCUUAAACCUUUGAUGACCACACCGCCGGUGGCAUCGCAGCAGAAGGUUGCUACUCCAGGUGUUAAACAAGGACCAGCUUCACAGGCAGCACCUCAGCAGCCAGUAAUAGCUGACAAGCAGGCGGGUCAUGAACCUGCCUCUCCACGGAGUCUUCAGCGCUCAAGUAGUCAAAGAAGCCCAUCACCAGGUCCAAAUCAUACCUCUAGCACUAGUGCAUCAAAUUCAACACCUGCCCCGCAGAGCACACCUGUACGACCCACGUGUUCAUUAACACCUACGCUAGCAGCACACUUCAAUGAAAAUCUUAUCAAGCAUGUUCAAGGCUGGCCUGCAGACCAUGCAGAAAAGCAGGCAUCAAGAUUACGUGAGGAAGCCCAUAACAUGGGAAGUGUCCACAUGUCAGAAAUUUGUACUGAAUUAAAGAAUUUAAGAUCUUUAGUUCGAGUAUGUGAAAUUCAAGCAACUUUGCGUGAGCAAAGGAUACUAUUUUUGAGGCAACAAAUAAAAGAACUUGAAAAGCUAAAGAAUCAGAAUUCCUUCAUGGUGUGAAAAGAUGUAAACAAUUGCACAUGGUUUUGAGUACAGGAACUAUUAAACUGAUGCCCAGUCUUAACACUUUUGAGCUGCAUUUGAGUAGACU